GGCAAACGCAAGGAGAAAAAAAAGAAUUGAGAAACAACAUCGAACGAGCUAAGCCCAAGAAACGAACACAAAGAUACGAAAUUCCAGAAUGCCGAACACACUAGAAAAGACGCGCAAGAAGAUCCUGCGAAAGCGGGGCGGUGUCCUUGACGGCCUGCAUCAGAACAGUCGGGACUCGCAGCGCCUUCACACAGCCCAAGGCCGCGAUGAGCGUCUCGAGGCGAUUGCAAGAUCAAGGCGGAGAAGGGACAAGCCUAUUAUUGCGCGUGUUACAUAUUUCCAGGAGGCUGUCCGCCAGAACGACAACAAGCCCUUGACUUUGGAGGCCAUCCAGGCCAAAAUCAGCGAAUUCGUGCACCAAUUCGACCAGGAGUACGAGACUAUGAAGAAAGCUCGUCGUGCGGGACGGGCUCCAGGGCCCAAGGAAGACAUGCUCAAAUUAAGAAUCGCAACUCUCCAGAAGGAGUAUCAAAAUGGCUACUACCUCCCAGAUCUUACAAAUGAGAACAACCUCCAGGUACUAGACCGAUGGGACAAGUCCUGGACCUACUUGGCGAAUCUUGCCUGGGUCAAAAUUACAACCACGGGGAUUGUGAAGCCUACCUUGUUUCCGCCCCAGAGUAACUGAAAUCUCUAUGAUUGACGGAAGACCAGCGGCUGGGCGACCGCAUCACCUAUUCGAUAUCCAUACAGCCCAU